UGAGGAGGGAGCUUCCAUCUUCUCUCUGCUUCUUCAUCCUCUUUUAAGAGCAAUUUAGACGUAGACUUAGAUCAGAUUCCGAACCUAAUUCAUGAUUAGCUGACUGGAGUGAGAAAGGGAACAGUCUAUAAUAGUUUUGUUGCUGUUAGGUGGAUAUGAAGUGAAAAGUGUUAUUAUCAUUUUUCCUCCUUUUUUUUGGUUUUGUUGCAAUUUUUUUGCACUCUCACAGGAGGCGUUUUGCUGAUGUCUUUCUCACGCGGAUGCAUUUGAGAUGAGAUGCGAAAGGCAAAUAUUACGCUUUUAUUUCUAAACGAACAUGCCUACACGCGUGUGUGUUUUCCCGGAGAUGGAAGCGCAUGACGGGGAUUACCGUAUUCUCACACUUUUCCCGAUACCCAGCUCAACUAAAUAGAGUCGUCUAUACCGAUCGGGGUAAUUGGAUUUUAUAACAUCCACCUACUCAUCACUAAAUAACAGCAAACUCGUGUUUAGAGCGCACGGCAAGGGCUAAGUUGCAUCUUUCUGUAAUGGUAAAAAGGCAGCCGCGAUUUUGGUCAGUGGAAUUUAGAGAGACUACAUCUUUAGACUAUCCCGUGCACACAUUAUCAGACAGAAACUGAGCAACUUCAGCGUUUUCUAUAGGAUGUCGCGCCGCAAGCAAGCUAAACCAAGAUCACUGAAAGUAGAAGACAAUGUGACAGAGGACCAGCAAAGUCCUGGGCAGACUGCCAUUCCAAGCGAUCCAGAGUGCGCCCUCGAGAGGGCGGCGGAGGAUGGUGAGACCGGGCGUCUGAGGAAGAGGUUGCUCUCUCCAGAGGAAGGAGAAGAGGGAGAGGAGGACGACGAGGAGCCCGCGCUGCACAGCUGCGACAGCUGCCGGCAGGUGUUCGAGUCGCUGAGCGAUCUCACCGAACACAAGAUUAAUCAAUGCCAGCUGACAGACGGUGCUGAUCUUGAAGAUGACCCAUCUGGUUCUUGGCCUGCAUCGUCUCCCUCCAGUAAAGACCAGACCUCUCCAGGACACUGCGAGGACUAUGAUUUUGGCGAAGAUGAAGGGGGCCCCGGCCUGCCAUACCCAUGCCAGUUCUGUGACAAGUCCUUCAGCCGCUUAAGCUUCCUCAAGCGCCACGAACAGAGCCACGGGGAUAAACUCCCUUUCAGCUGUACCUUUUGCAGCCGCUUGUUUAAGCACAAGCGCAGUCGAGAUAGACACGUGAAGCUUCACACCGGUGAUAAGAAGUACCACUGUGGAGAGUGUGACUCUGCCUUUUCCCGCAGUGACCACCUCAAAAUCCACAUGAAAACUCACGCCUCUAACAAACCCCACAAGUGCCCUGUGUGCCGCCGAGGCUUCCUUUCCUCCAGCUCUCUCCACGGCCACAUGCAAGUACACGAAAGAGGCAAGGAUGGAAGCAGUGCAAGCCUUUCCAGAGGUGAGGAAUGGAAGCUGAAAGAAACUCGCAAAUGCAGCCGUUGUGAGGAAGGUUUUGAUGUCCCAGAGGAGCUCCAGAGGCACAUCGCUGAGUGCCACCCUGAAUGCUCUCCAUCAGAGGACGGAGGCCUGGGUGCCACCCUACAGUGCAUUUACUGCCAUGAGCCCUUCAGUGAUGAGGGCACCCUUCUGACUCACAUCGACCAGUCACACAGCCGAGACAGGAAGGGACACACCUGUACUAUCUGCCCUGAGCACUUUCUGUCAGUAGAGGACCUCUACGCUCACAUGGACAUCCACCAGCUCCCCGAAUCUAGUAACCAUAGCAACAGCCCUUCUUUGCUGACCGUGGGCUACACCUCUGUCUCUAGCACCACUCCUGACUCUAACCUCUCUGUCGACAGCUCAACAAUGGUGGAAACUGCUCCACCUGUGCCCAAGGCGAGGGGGAGGAGAAAGAGGGCUGCUCAGAACACAUCAGACAUGGGAGGACGUUCCUCCAAGCAGCCCAAAGUCUCCUACAGUUGCAUGUACUGCAACAAGCAAGUAUUCUCCAGUUUGGCUGUGCUUCAAAUUCACCUGCGAACCAUGCAUCUGGACAAGCCAGAGCAGGCUCAUACUUGCCAGUUUUGUUUGGAGGUUCUGCCAUCUUUACUCAAUCUAAAUGAACAUCUUAGGCAGGUCCACAAUGCAGAAGACCACGCUGUCCUGUUAGCCAGCUUGCCUGAUGCCCUCCUUCAGUGUAAUUUCUGCACUGAGGUAUUGAGUGACCUCAACGCCCUCCAGGAACACAUACGUUGCUCCCAUGGCUUUCCAAGUCCUGUGGCAAAGGAGAGCAAUGCCUUCUUCUGCCCUCAAUGCUUCAUGGGGUUCUUGACGGAGACUACCUUGGAGGAGCAUGUUCGUCAGACUCACUGUGACGGGGGAAGCCUGCGCUUUGACUCCCCCAUGGCUUUAACUCCCAAGGAGUCUAUAGUAGAGGUGUACUCCUGUUCAUACUGCACCAAUUCACCCAUAUUCAACAGUGUUCUGAAGCUCAACAAGCACAUCAAGGAGAAUCACAAGAACAUUCCACUUGCACUGAACUACAUCAACAAUGGAAAGAAAUCCCUGCGGACUCUCAGCCCUUCUUCUCCAAUAUCUGUGGAACAUACCAUGCUGAAACAAGGAAGCUCUGUCUCACGCACUACCAGUGAGUUCAUAUGUAACCAGUGUGGAGCCAAGUAUACCAGUCUAGACCUUUUCCAGACUCACCUAAAAACUCAUCUGGAUGGCAUGCAGCCCCAACUCACCUGCCCACAGUGCAACAAAGAGUUCCCCAACCAAGAGUCCCUGUUGAAGCAUGUGACAAUUCACUUCACUAUAACUUCCACGUAUUACAUCUGUGAGAGCUGUGACAAGCAGUUUACUUCAGUGGAUGACUUGCAGAAGCACCUUCUCGACAUGCAUACCUUUGUGUUCUUUCGUUGCACUCUCUGUCAGGAGGUGUUUGACUCGAAGGUGUCAACCCAGCUCCACCUGGCUGUUAAGCACAGUAAUGAGAAAAAGGUAUUUCGCUGCACUUCCUGCAACUGGGACUUCAGGCAUGAGACUGACCUACAGUUACAUGUAAAACACAGCCAUCUUGAAAACCAGGGCCGUUCCCACCGAUGCAUUUUCUGUGGUGAGUCCUUUGGCACAGAGGUGGAGCUGCAGUGCCACAUCACUACCCACAGCAAGAAAUUCAACUGCCGCUUCUGCAGCAAGGCCUUCCAUGCCAUUGUCCUUUUGGAGAAGCAUUUGAGGGAGAAACACUGCGUGUUUGAGGGAAAGGCACAGAACUGUGGUGCUAAUGGCUCUACUGUAGGGGAUGGCCAGCCUAAAGAAGAUGUCGAGCUGCAUAGUCUCCUAACAAACAGCCACGGGCCAGGAACAACAUUAGGAACUGUGGUCGAUACCCAUAACAGCCGCGAUGGAAGUGAGGAAGAGCUGGACACUGCAGAUCCCUUGUUUACGUGUGACAUCUGUGGAGCAUCUUACACCAUGGAUUCACUCCUCACUAACCACCAGUUGAGGGACCACAAUAUACGCCCUGGUGAGAGUGCCAUGAUGAAAAGGAAAGCUGAUAUGAUAAAGGGCACCCACAAGUGCAAUGUCUGCUCGCGCACCUUCUUUUCUGAGCCUGGGCUAAGGGAACAUAUGCAGACCCACCUUGGGCCUGUCAAACACUAUAUGUGCCCCAUCUGUGGGGAGCGCUUCCCUUCCUUGCUCACACUGACUGAGCACAAGGUCACUCAUAGCAAGAGUCUGGACACAGGUAGCUGCCGAAUUUGUAAGAUGCCACUGCACAGUGAGGAGGACUUCCUGGAGCAUUGCCAGAUGCACCCUGACCUGAGGAACUCCCUGACAGGUUUCCGCUGUGUGGUGUGCAUGCAGACCGUCACCUCCACAUUGGAGCUCAAAAUCCAUGGUACUUUCCAUAUGCAAAAGACAGGCACUAUGUCCGGCAACUACCCAACUAUUGCUCGCAACAAUAUCAUUGCUCACCACCAGCAGCUACACCAUACCCAAAAACCUUUCAAGUGCGCCUCUUGCCUGAAAGAUUUCCGGUCCAAACAGGACCUGGUGAAACUGGACAUCAACGGACUGCCUUACGGACUGUGUGCAUCGUGCGUGACACAAGCUGGCUCCAAGAGCUCCAGUCCAACAGUGAACGGAGGAAGGCAACUGCAGCAACAUGGUGGAGCAACCACUCCAGCCACAACCAAUGCUGCCUGGAUCCAGGGGGAGAGGCUCAGCCCUGGAGACGCGAAAGGCAAAGUGGUAUCUUCAUCAUCCUCAGCUUCUUCUACAUCUUCAUUAUCUGCUGCCAAGACAAGAUGCUCCAGCUGUAAUGUGAAGUUUGAGUCUGAAGCUGAGUUACAAAACCAUAUCCAGACAGUGCAUCGGGACCAGGCUGGGGACAGCAACGGCGGACAGCUCAAGACCCCCCAGGUGUCCCCCAUGCCAAGAGCCAGUCCCUCACAAACUGACGAGAAGAAGACCUAUCAGUGCAUCAAAUGUCAGAUGGUGUUCUACAGUGAAUGGGACAUCCAAGUCCAUGUGGCCAACCACAUGCUGGGUAGGAGAUAA